CCGACGCCGGAGGGAGACUUAAUCUGGGGGACCCGGGGACCAGCUUUUCCCUCUGAGAAGUGGCCGCACGGCGAAGCCGGCUGGUCAAAAGAAUGGAUUUUACAGAGGCUUACUCAGACACAUGCUCUACCGUUGGACUUGCUGCCAGGGAGGGCAAUGUUAAAGUCUUAAAGAAACUGCUCAAAAAGGGCCGGUGUGUGGAUGUUGCUGAUAACAGGGGAUGGAUGCCAAUUCAUGAAGCAGCUUAUCACAACUCUAUAGAAUGUUUGCGGAUGUUAAUUCAUGCAGAGUCAUCUGAAACCUACAUUCAGACAAAGACUUUCGAAGGCUUCUGCGCAUUACAUCUCGCUGCAAGUCAAGGACAUUGGAAGAUUGUACAGAUUCUUUUAGAAGCUGGGGCAGAUCCUAAUGCAACUACUUUAGAAGAAACCACGCCGUUGUUUUUAGCUGUUGAAAAUGGACAGAUAGAUGUGUUAAGGCUGUUGCUUCGACAUGGAGCAAAUGUUAAUGGAUCUCAUUCUAUGUGUGGAUGGAACUCUUUGCACCAGGCUGCUUUCCAGGGAAAUGCUGAAAUAAUAAAAUUGCUCCUUAAAAAGGGAGCAAAUAAGGAAUGUCAGGAUGACUUUGGAAUCACAGCUUUAUUUGUGGCUGCGCAGUAUGGCAAGCUAGAAAGCUUGAGAAUACUUAUUUCAUCAGGUGCAAAUGUCAAUUGUCAAGCCUUGGACAAAGCUACACCACUGUUCAUUGCUGCCCAAGAGGGUCAUUCAGAAUGUGUGGAACUUUUGCUGUCCAGUGGGGCAGAUCCAGAUCUUUACUGUAAUGAAGACAAUUGGCAGUUACCGAUUCAUGCAGCUGCUCAAAUGGGCCAUUCAAAAAUCUUGGACUUGUUAAUACCACUUACUAACCGGAUCUGUGACACUGGGCCAGACAAAGUGAGCCCUGUUUACUCAGCUGUGUUUGGAGGACAUGAACGGUGCUUAGAAAUACUACUCCAGAAUGGCUAUAGCCCAGAUGCCCAGAUGUGCCUGGUCUUUGGAUUUGGUUCUCCCAUGUGCAUGGCUUUCCAGAAGGACUGUGAAUUCUUUGGAAUUGUGAAUAUUCUUUUGAAAUACGGAGCCCAGCUCAAUGAACUUCAUUUGGCAUCCUGCCUGAAGUAUGAAAAGUUUUCAGUAUUUCGAUACUUUAUAAAGAAAGGUUGCCCAUUGACAUCCUGGAACCAUAUAUCUGAAUUUAUAAGUCAUGCAGUUGAAGCACAAACAAAAUAUAAGGAAUGGUUGCCCCAUCUCCUGCUUGCUGGAUUUGACCCACUAACUCUACUCUGCAGUUCCUGGAUUGACUCAGUCACCGAUGACACCCUUAUCUUCACUUUGGAAUUUACUAAUUGGAAGAGACUUCCUCCAACUAUUGAGAAGAUCCUAUCUGAUCGGAUCUCAAACUCUUCUUUGGUGCUACAGCAACAUGUUGCCUCUGUUCCAUGCCUAACCCAUCUUUGUCGUUUGGAAAUUCGGUCCAGCCUAAAACUAGAACACCUUCGAUCUGACAGUUUUAUCCGUCAGUUACCGCUUCCCACAAGUCUACAUAAUUAUUUGCUCUAUGAAGACGUUCUGAGGAGGAACGAGGUUCCUGAACUGGCAACUAUUCAUGAUGGAGAAAUCAGUGAAGCUAGUUGAAACAGCUCAUUUCUUACUCUGGAAGCUAUCAAGACAACAGAGCCAUGGAGUACAGAUUAUUCAUGACUUUGUAGUCAUAGAAGAUAGGUUUUGCUUAUGUGAUUUGGUUAGGUUUGGGGGUUAGUAAUAAAUAUGAAUGUUUACAAUGGGCUUCUCAGUAAAAA